UAGAUUAUGUAAAGUAUAAACGAAGUUUUAUGCCUUUGAAAAUGGAAACUUACAUCGCAACAAAAGCUAAAGGCAACCAUUCCAGCCAAGAAUGUUCACAGAAAAGCUUAACUCCAGAGGAAAGUGCUCGCAAAGUCAAAAACGAUUUCCGCCAAAAUAAUGCUCAGCUUAAUCCAGUGUCUUUCAUUCCAGUUCAUACGAAACAACUCAUGUGCCAUAAAUUUCCAUCAAAUAAAAGAGAUUUUGAUACUAAUUCUGAGGAACAUCCAUAUGCUGCAAAUGUUUGUUCAACAAAUACUGUUAGUCCGAAAUGUAAUGCUGAUCAAAAAGAGAAAUCAUCUUGGUUGGCAAAAGCCCAUAUCAGAAGACGUUCUGUUGGAUUUGAAGAUAUGACGUCUGUAGCUUCAAAUUACGGGCAAAAUUUUUCAAAUGAAAGAAGAUUUCAAGCUGUUAUGCCAAAUUCAAAUACUCCUGGUAAAGCCAAUGCCGUUACUAGGAAUAUUUUAGAAUUAGAAUCAGAAAACAAUUUUGAGAAACAGAAUGAAUGUAAAAACUCAAUAUCAACUGUUAAUCAAAACAUGCAAAAUUCUUCAGAGAAUGAAAAUGAUGUGUGUCUGAGGAAUGAAACAGUUCGUCAGAAAGAUAAAAGUUCCAAACGAAAAUCUAGUCUUAAUAGGAUUGAUUUUAUCCACUCACCUGCUCCAAAUAUAGAAAAUGCUUACUAUAGGCAAAACUCAGUGAAACAGAAAAACAGUUCAUCAGAUGAAGGUAGUGAAGAAAUCCAGGCUUUACAAAGUUUGGAAUUCUCAAACAGUAAUAGUAAACGAAAGCACAAUCCUUCAAAUGGGAAUAUUUCUGUCUUGAAUUUGCCUGGGAGGAAAGCAAAAGAGGUCCUUCAACAAGGUUUAUCAAAAGUUAGAACGAACUUACUACCUAGAACACUUCAAAAUAAUCAUUCAAAACUUCGACAGCCUAGAUGGAAGCAACACGCAACUGCUCAUUCCUCUCAAAAGUUAUCUCAUUCAGCAGGUGAGCUUGAGACCACAUCAGAUUUCCCUGAUAAGUGCAGCAACAACAGCAUUUGCUUAUCAGCUCAAGAAUUUGAUGUCCAAGGCUAUUCUGAAAUUAAUUCUAAGCACAGAAACGUAUCUUCGAAAAGGCAUUCUGCACAAUCCUUUGGAAAUAAUUCCUUACAUUACAAUGCCUCUGGUGCUGUUGGUGAUAAUUCUAGUCAACUUGAUCAGUUAAAUAAUGAUAAAUUCAGUUGUUGUUCUGCAGAAAAUGACCAAAAAAGUAGUUUGCUCACUGCAAAUUGUAAAUCAUCUAUAAAUUUCAUUAAUACUGAUUCUAAGACUGAUAAAAGUAUGAACACAUCUAGCGAAAAUAAUGAAAUACUAUCAAAAGUAUCCAGUGAUCAAGAGGCGAAUUUGUCUUGUCCAAAAAGAAGUGAUUCAAAUAUUAAUUGUGGCACAGUUGAAAGUUCUGAUUGUCAAGAUGUACAUGACAAUACCAUUAAAAUGGGCAACCUAGAAAUUUCCCCUGAAAAUGGGGACGACAAUGAAGUUAACGUAUCGGCUGAUGAAAGUAAUGACCUUGUAGGCUCAGAUGGAGAAAGAAGACCAAGUUCUAUUCUCAGGAAAAAGUUUUCCGAAGAAAGGAAAGAGCUUCACAGCAUAUUAAAACCACCACCUGAAGACAAGUUAUCAAAAGCUCCUCCAUCAAUUCUAAAACAUCGAGAAAGUUCUGAAGAAAAAGAAUCUUGGCCACAGUCAGACCUCCACUCUAUUUUGAAGAAAUCCACCAGCGAGGAUGAAAGUUGUAACAGUGGUCCUGACAUCCGUCCUAUCCUCAAGGUCAGUACAGAUGAUGAGUCCCCUGGGGGUUCAGUCAGGCCCCGCCCCAUUUUGAAAAAACGAACUAGUUUCAGUGACGAGUGCUGCUAUGCUAGCUUCCCGAGUGGUGAACUGAAGCCAAUACUUAAAAAGAAAACACCACUGAGUUCAGAAGAUCAGCCCAGGCCAAUACUUAAGAGUAGACGGAAAAGUGAAGACACGCGAUCCACAUUGACGGAAUUCAUUGCUAGCCGUCCCAGAGCCUAUUCGGCCGAUAUGGGUGUCAAGUUGAAUCAUGACACGCAUUCUGAAGGUGCAGAGUUACAAAAUGAUUUUUAUCAACAAAACUGUCAUGAUUUAUAACAGACUGCUUUUGUUACAAUUUUAGAUGGCUACUUUUGAGAUUAUGUACAUUUUUUAAACAUUUAAUAUCUCGUGUAAAUAUUUUUUCAUGCUUUUAUAUUUAAGAUUUAUUGUAAUAUAUUGCUGUACCAGUUAGUAUUAGAGUGUUUAAAAUUUGAAAUUAUAGCAGUAAAAUAAUUUGAUAUGUUGUUGCUUUUUCACCUUUGACAAUGUUGUUAAUUAGUUAAAAUAGUUUAAAAAUUUUAUUCUGUCUUAUAGAAUCCAUUUAUAGACUUUAUUUCAUGUUUUCUGUUUAGAAUAGUUAUUUUAAGUUUUCAAAUUAUAUAAUUUUUAUCUUAAUCAUGACAAAUUUGGGCUUCUGUAAAGUUUGAACAAUUUCAUCACAAUCCUUUUUGGAAAGCUUUAAACUAUGAAGGUGUAACUUCAUGAAAGGAAGCAGACAUUUUUUGAUUUUGUAUUAACAUAAGUUAUAGUGCAUAAAAUACUUAAUGACAAUUAAAAUAAUUACAAUUAUAAUAAAAGAAAUACAAUUCUUAUUUUAAUUAUAUUAUGCUUUAUGUAAAAUGCACACCAAAGACAUAUAUUGCAAAUCUCAAAUUUUAUCUUAAUAUUUAAGGGAAAGAAUUUUUCCAGAGAUUGUGGAUCAAAAUAUGAUUUUAGUCAAAAGUAUGUUUAUGCCUGAAAUCAUAUUAAAGAUAAAACAGGUUAGAUGUAAAUUUGGUAAAGGAUUAAUAGGGUCAUUUAUAAUACUCUCCCUCCCUGUUUUGCAAUGGUCGUGUUGUUUCACAAGAACAAAGCUGUAAUAAAAGUAAGCUGAUGUGUGAACUAUAGCUUUAGUUUUUCAAGAAAAAAUUCUUCAUUCUUUGAAAUACGGCAUUACAUAAGAAGUAAUACGAAUUUUUGAUCAAAUCAAAUCUUGUACAGUAAAAAGAUAUACUAGUGAUCUUUUCUGUUUCUUUUAUAACAUGACUUUUUGUUAUAACCUAUGCAUAUAGUAUGAAGUUUAUUACCGUUAUUUUAUAAGUAAGUGUAUUAGUACUUUUUGUAUACAUAUAGGACAGCGGGAAAAUGCAUAUUUUUAUAGUUAAAAUUUUAUAUCAUGCAAGUACAUAAAAUUUAUCUUAAAUGCAGCUAUUGUAAAACUUAAUUUGUUUUAAUUAAAGUUUUCUCCUGAUAUGAGAUGCAUGACAAAAUUAUAUUUCAACUGAUGAAAUUAUGUUUCAACUGAUGUAUGUAAUGUGUAAUUUCAGCUGUUUUUUUUUAAAUCAAAAUGAUUACUCACAAAAUUUAUUGUCGAAAAAAUGUUUUUUUUUUCUUUUUUAAUCAAAACGAUUACUCACAAAAUUUAUUGUCGAAAAAAUGUUUUAUACAGUUUUAUUAAGUGAUUUUCUAAAUGGUUGAUUGUUUGAAAAAAAUGUAUUACUUAACCCUUUUGGGAUGGGAUAAUAAUAUUUGGGGUUAUCAAAAUCUUCCAGAAGUAUUCUGCAUUGAGAAGGAAAAGUGCAGUAUCUCAAAAUUUUUCAUUUCUUUGCAUUUUUGUCAUUUGUUGUACUUUAGCUUUAUUGUACAAGCUUUUUAUUUUGUUUCCUCUGAAAAUAAAACUUGAAAUAUGUCAAAUUCCAAUAUUUCCCUGUUGGUAUUAAAUCAAAAACAGGUUUCCUCAAAUAUCUCAAAAACUCAUUUCUGCAGAUACUGCCUCCCUUCCCACAGCAGUAUUACUCAUUGCUACAUCGCUCUCUGAAACUAAGUAUAAAAAAAACAAACCAAAAAAAAAAAAAAAAAGAUAGAAAUAAGGGUCAACAUUUUCCACAUAUAUUACAUUAUUUUAAAAAGUGUUAUUAAGUGUAAGUUAAAAGUGUAGUUAAAUCUAGUAGCAAAGGAAGAUAUUAAUUCAGCAUUUUGUCUAAAAUUUGAUAUGUUCCACUCAUUCUCAGAAUAAUUUUUAAUGGUAAGUCAUAUUUGUCACACCCUGCUGAGAGAUAACCUUAGCAGCUGGCCCAUGAAUGUUGCCUAUCUUGGAAGGGUUAAGCAGUAAUUGAUUGAGCUCCAGUCUACCUAAGGCAAGUCUUGUUUGAACUUUAAUAGAUUCAGUGCAGAAUUAAUUUAAAUCUAGAAUAAUUCUAAUAAACUGUAUGUUGAUUGCAGAAGGGAGGUUUUUUUUUUUGGGGGGGGGGGGGGGUCUUGUUCAUCUUUGUUAUGCUUUUAGUGUAUAAUUGAACAAGUUACUGCUUCAGCCUGAAAGCAUUGUUAACACCUUUUGGACUAUCCCUACACAAUUGUCUUGUAUGUUUGCCAGAGUUUGUCACUGCGUUUAAGUGUAACCAUUAAAUAUUGAUGUACUGUAUAAAAUACAGGGUAAUUCAAAAAGAAUGAUGGAAUUUUAACGCAUAGAUUUAAGCAAAAAUGGAACAAAAAUGAUGUUCCUCAUGUACAUUAAUCAUUCUUAAGAUGAUCUAUGUGCCCCCCCCCCCUUCUGAUGUCUAAACAAUAUAACACCUGCGCUGAAACUCCUGCUAUGCACUUAGUCGAAUAUACGCAGUUAUAGAAGCAAUUGCUGCCACAACUUAAUCCUACUACUAACUCUCAAUCUCCGUAUAUUUUUUUACCUUGAUCAAAUCUCACAACUCAACGUUCACCCACUUCCUGUAGUCAGAUUCCUUGAAAUUUGAAACACGACCUCAGAGCCAAUGAUAAUGCAAUAAUCUAUAAACAAAUAAAAGUUUUAUUAAAAUUUUUAUUUAAGCUUUCAGAUUAGCAUUUUCUUAAAUUUUAAUAGGAAUAUAAAUAUUAUUUCCACACAUAGGGACUAACUUGACCUAAGUUGGAAUUGACUUGAUUUUUUUAAUAUCUAUAUUACUUGUUUAAUUUCAAGUUUAGUGGCGGUAUGAACACAGUAUCCUUUCCAUAUACCCUGCAGGAAAAAAUAGCACUGUUUGGUCUGGUGACUUAAGGGGGCCAAUUAUAAAGCGCUAAAUCACCUCCUCCUUGAUCGCCGUUUUGACCAACUGAUUUUUAAAAAAAAAACCAAGAGGGACACAUACAAUAACAUGCAGAGACAAUGGAAACUUAACUACUCGAUCUUUCAUUCAAGCUGCACCAGAUAGCCAUAGGCCCAUUAUUCUCAAAUUAAUAGCCGUGCAAAUCCUCACCAUUCUUUUUUAAUCACCCUGCCAAGUGGAAUUUUGAGAAAAUCCAGUUUUGUGCGUAAGUAAAGCUUUUCUGUAGCUGUAAUUCCAAUGAGUUGAAUUUACAUAUUGUUAAAUAUAAGUUCCAUUUGUUCACUUCUCCCCCCCCCUUGUUUUUGUUAAGUAUUUUCAAAAUUGCAGUAUUGUUGAGAAAAAUUAAUUUUCUUCACAUUUUCCUUGCAUAUCCUUUAAACCUGUCAUAUAAUAGCUAAAUUAUGACUUAUAAAAUAUUAAUACUUUUAUAGUAUGGUUUUAGGUUUCAGCUAGUUCUUUUGCAUCUUUUUUGGAGUGUAUUAACUUUGUUGUAAAAAUUACUAAUGUUACCAUGAAUUGAAAGUGCAAUAUAUUUAUUAAAAAAUUCAUUUUAUUUUGUAUGUUUUUUGUCUUUUCAGUUUAUUUCAACCUUCUCAA